AUGAUCAGCGAGCUACCCGCUCCUUGUCUUCCUUCCCGGAAUUCGAAUGAUUUUUCCAUUGCCGCGACGCCAGUUCAGAUGUAUUGCGAUGCCAACUUGUCAUAUGAGGCGCCAGGUAAUGACAAGCUAGUGGAGCUUUCCAGUGAGGCUUACGACUACCCUUCUGACGGAGCGAAGGCCGAGGACUGCGACGGCAAGCGCUCGCCACUGACCCGACAGUAA